CAGCCGCAUUACCCCUUUGACGCGCCUGCCCUGGAAUAUUGGUGGCCAAACGUCGAUUACCGGUCGUUGCAGAAACGCAAUCCGCCGUCUGCUCCGGCCACUAUAUUCCGACUCUCUUAGCCCAUUGUCAUUGUAGUGCGCCGAAAGCCCGUUGCCGGGCCUCUUGCACCUCUUUCUUCCUCUCCCUUGCCAUUUGUCAGGAUACACGACAUCCUCCUUGGGGACUCGGCGACACUCACUCCAUCUUCGCUUGCCAGAAGAGAAGCCGGGCCGUACGACCACUCUGCUUGGCAGGGACGAGCUGGCUCUCGUCUGUCUUUGCUUCACAUCUCCUCUGCUAGGCUGGGGCUGGCUGGACUGGAUCAUUCCGGAGCGUAGAGGUCUCUACACGUAGGACAGUUUACAUACACGCAGGAGGUGUCGUCGCCUCUUCGGGAUCACUUCACUCCUCAUCGUCACAACUGCCUGCUCCUUCAGCAUGGACGUUACGACUCUAGAUGACCUACAGACGAGGGAAUACUGGGACUCGCGGUACGCCCAGGAGGGUGCUCAAAUGACGUACGACUGGUUCAAGAGCUGGCCAGAGCUCGAGUCUCAUCUUCUCCCCCACAUAGGAGACAAGAGCGCUCGUGUUCUGGAGCUAGGCUGCGGCAACUCCACCAUCACUCCUGCACUCUACUCUCUGGGCUUUCAUCAAGUCACCUCGCUCGAUUUCUCUUCCACCGUAAUCGAACAGAUGCGGGGCAAGCAUCCUGAGAUCAACUGGGUCGAGAUGGACAUACGAGAGAUGAUCGAAAAGGACGGAGAGCUGGGGGGAGCUGCGAGCUGGGACGUUGUGCUGGACAAGGGGACUCUGGAUGCUCUGGUGGCUGAGAAGGGAAGCGUGUGGGAUCCUAGUGAACGGGUCAGGGAGAACGCGAGGAGGGAAAUCGAUGCCGUGCUGCAUCUCCUUCGUCCAGGCGGUCGCUUUCUAUACAUGACCUGGAUGAGCAGGCCUCUGCGCAUGCCCUUCCUCGAGAGAGCCGAGUGGAAGAUUGAAGUCUUGCCCGUCAAUGAUGGCAAUGGCCUCGACUACUACCUCUACGUCUGCACUAAGCACGGGGAGGCUUCGGUGGCGGACGCAGCAGCAGCUGGCGAGGGUACCCCGUAA